AUCUUUAUGUUAUUAUUAUAAACGGAGUAUAACCUUUUAUUCUUACAUUUCGCUUUUAUUUUACCCAACAAACUAUACAAAUUGUGUUAAAAUAGAACUGAAUCGUGCAUUUCUGUGUUAUUUUCCGUGAUACGUAACGUUUUGCAGACCAAAAGGUGGGUUGUUCAGUCAAAACAUUGAAAUUUAUUGUUAACUUAAUUAUACUAAAUGAAGUACUCGUGAAGUUUUUACUGGCAUGUGCAGUUAUUUUAUGAGACAGCUCUAAUUGUUUCGUUACUUUUAUAAUUUAAUGCGCCAUUUUGUGAUCGGUAUACCGUUUUGGUAUUGUUUUCGUGAAAGUUCAACGAUAUAUUACGUUAUAAAACAUAACUGAAUUUGAAAACCAACAUGUUCUGCAUACAAGAAACAGAGCCAUCACAUUCUGAUCCAUUCUCGAAGGAUAAGGACCCAUUAAGCAUGACAAUAUCAGAAUCAAGUGAUGAUGAACCGGAUGCUAAAAGGCCUAAAUAUACAAACUCCUCGUUAAACCUCAAAGUUUACCAAAUACCCACAUUUAACCCACCGAAAUCACUAUCAAUAUACCCAACAAACAGUAUUCUACCAAAAUUUGUUAAUAACCCACUAAAUCUAGCAAAUCCCCUAGCGAUCGCAACCAGUAACCUACAAGCUACAAAUAUGGUGAAAAGUCUACACAGUAGAUAUUCCUUACCAGCUAAGUUAACGAUAACCCCAGUUCAUAAACCAACUGAUGGUGAGAUUGUAAGAUAUAAGAAGAAUGGAGAGAUAGCAAAGAAACGAGGACCACCGAAAGGAUAUAAGAGGAAACCCAAAGUAGAUCUAUCUCAGAGUUUAAGUAAUGGAGCACUUUUACAGGCCCAAAAUACAAUCCUGACCAGCCUACUCGCAGCAACCAAUCCAACAUUCACUACAACUGUGACCACACCAGCGGUGAAAGUUAUACAACCACAGAUUGUACCCCAAGUUAAAAUACCUCCGGGGGUGGAAGUUGUUGAAUUAGAUUUAGACCCCCAAGAUUGGUUCCCAGCGGAGCCUUACAAGAUGGUGUUCAGCAGAAAGAAGAAUCCUAAAUGGAAGAACUUUCCGUACAGAUGUGAACAUUGCUUCAAAGGUUACCGCGUGGUGUCAACUCUGCUCACCCACGCUGCGGAGCGUCACGGUGGCGUGCCUCGAGAACUUGCCAUACCCUGCCCCUGCUGCCCGCAUGUGUCCACUCGCCGCAAACACCAUAAGAAACACCUCGAGACACACGAAGGAAAGAGACAUAGGAUAUUCUGUCUCUAUUGUCUACCGCCACAUGAUUCUACCGAACCUUACGUGAAAGAGGCUGAAAAAUACCCUUUUGACAAAUACCCACAGUUCUGGUAUGCUUCGGAGGAAUCUCUCAGAUUGCAUAAGAAAAGGAAACAUCCAUACGCCGCCAUGUUUAAUUACAAUUGGUACUGUUCCUGGGGAGAAGGUAUACCUAAUAGUUAAUUUAUUACUAAAAUAUAAUUUUUAAGUGUAUUUUUAAUACUGGCAACUUUUUUUUGAUGCUGGCAACUUUUAAUGGUAUUUUUAGUUGUAUGGCAACACUGGAGAUUACUAGAAAUUAUUUGUUUAAGGCCAGUUUAGUAUUUUUUUGUAUUUUUUUGGUCUUUUUUUUUGUUUUUUAAUAAAAUUUUUUGAUCGUACUUAUAUUUAGUGUUGCUGACAUCACAGUUUUUGUAUAUAUUUGUGGUUUAAAUGUAAAAUGCACUGGUAAUGUAACGUGCCUUGUAAUGUUUUUGAUAUGACUUAAAAAAAAAACAUUCCAUAGUUCCGUUUUCAUCCAACGUCGAAAUUAAACAAGAUGGCGGUUUUAAUUCACGUAUUUCAUUUAUUUUGUGAAAUAAAGUGAUAUUUUAAAAUAAGGGUAGCUAAUGUUUGUGGAAAAAAUAUUUUUCUAAAAAAAAUUUUUUGAUAUCGACAAGUUUUUAUAAAAAAUAUACAGUUUUGUGAUUAAUUUCGACUUUGGAUUGAAACGAAAUGUAAAAUUCGUUCGGAUUUUUUUAUAGAAAUUUGCUGAAUGCUUGAAAUUAAAAAACGUAUUUAUUACCUGUGUAAAUUAAGCAAUAAUAAUCGACUUUUUAAUGUAUUUUCAUAUUAAUAUUCGGUGGGCGUGACAGACGAAUUUAAAUUUCUGACAGAUAACGAUAGAAAUGUCAGAAUGACGUUUAAAAAUUUGUGGCGGGAAUACGUUCAUCUUUGACAGCAUUUUGUGCAAUAUAAUUUUAGAUUUUUUGUAUAAAUCAAAUUAAAUUCAUAAAAAUCGAUUUAAAAAAAUUUAAUUAGCAUGU